GUCAGCCGUGCGUCCUUACUGAGUGAAAGAAAGAGAAAGAGGGAAGAGAGAGAGAGAGAGAGAGAGAGAGAAAGAGAGAGAAUAUGUGAGAAAAAGAGAAGUGUAGAAAAGUGAAUGGUAGGCUACGGUAGAAAUGAAUGAAAGAAGCAUUCGUGAUCGUGAAUACUCGGCAAUGCUCGGGAAGCUUCGUAAUACACGUGAUAAUGUCGUCACAGCGAUCGAACGAGAUUUCUACGAACUUUAUGGUGACGCGUGUUACGUGUGCUUCUUAACUUUCUGGUCCUCCUACUUCUUCAUCAUCUAUCUACCUAUCACAAACCUUUCUUUUUCUUUCUAUUUAAAAGCUAUAAUAUCAAAGUAAUUAUUCGGGAGGUGUAUAGUGCGUGGUAUAAAAGCGAGAACGCCCAAGAAAGGUAGAGGUAAAGAUUAAAAGCUAUACGUCUUAAGUGGGCAACUGACGGCCCACGCCCCUACUUGCCUACUCUGGUAAGCUAUCACGAUGUUUGCAGUUGAUAAUAAUAAUCAGAAAGCUGAUCGAUACAAGCCGGAGAAAAUUAAUUAUCGUCUGCCAGAUGUUGUACGACCGACACAUUACAAUAUCAAAUUGACAUCAAGCUUUUCAAUCAUCGACGGUGAAAUAUGCAUUGAUCUCGAAGUUCGGAAAUCAACGUUCGACAUAACAUUGCAUUGUAAACAAAUCGUCAUAGAUGAAACUAUGACGAUGUUGACGAAUUCUCAAAAUGAACGUUUAUUUCCGAUAGAGCAAAAUUACAUCUAUGAGAAAGAAUUUUUCGUAGUUCGUUUUACAAAUGCUUUACAACCAGAUUGUUACAAGCUUCACUUCAAGUUUACCGGCUUUAUCCACGAUGAUACACACGGUUUUAAUAGGAGAUUUUGUACAGAUGAAAGACAAGGUAGCUGCACGAAGUACGCCGUGACGAAUUUUAAAACGACAUUUGCACGUUAUAUUUUUCCCUGUUUCGAUGAACCCGAUAUGAAAGCAACGUUUUCCAUUUCCAUAAAGCAUCAAGCAUUAUAUAUAGUUCUUUCGAAUAUGCCAAUCGAAAAACAAUCGUUGAUCGACGAAAAGGGAAACGUAUGGACGCAUUUUCAAAAAACGCCGAUUAUGUCCACGUACUUGUUAGGCAUCGUUUUGUUACCACACGAUAGUAUAAGGAUUUCUAAUCAUGAUGGUACCGUCAACGUUUGGUGUAGAAAAAAUUGGUCUAAAGUCGCCAAAUUGAUCCAUGAAGUAACGGAAAAGAUAAAAAUUCAGCUUGAAAAUUAUACCGGUAUCAUUAAACCAAUACCAAAGAUAGAUCAUGUAUUGAUUUCUAAUCAUUCAAGUAAAUCUUCAGAAAAUUGGGGUCUCAUCGUUUACAACGAAGACGAUAUAACGUAUGUGGAGGAUCCUUCGGAUACGUAUAAUGUAGAUACCGUAACUAGACUCGUAACACACGAUUUAAUUCAUCAAUGGUUUGGAAAUCUAGUCGGUCCUUCCUGGUGGGAUCAUUUAUGGUUAAAUGAAGCUUUUGCUCACUAUUUUCAGUAUUACUUUGUUGAUAAGAUAUACCAAGAAUCGAGAGUGUUAGAGAUAUUUGUAGUGGCUGUUCAACAGGCAUGUGCACUUUUCGGAGAUUUUUAUUCAUUUGUACAACAUAAAAAAUCAUUCAAAGGUAUUUACCAAGAGCCUUAUUUAGGCGUUCAUGCUAUUGCCUGUCGUAAAGGAUCGUGUAUUUUACGUAUGCUCUCUCAUUGUAUUUCCGAGGAAAUAUUUCACAAAGGAAUCGUAACGUAUCUCAAUACAUUCCAGUAUGGCACAUCUACACCUGAUCGACUGUGGAAAAUAUUCGAGGAAACGAUGAAUCCUGAAAAAAUUGAUAUCAAAGAAAUGAUGGAUACGUGGGUAAAACAAAAAGGAUACCCUCUCGUAACGGCAAAACGAGAUUGUAAUACCGGUAUCAUAAUUGUAACGCAAGAACGUUUUAAACAAUUUAAUAGCGAUGACGAAGAAGAUCAUGAAAUUGAUGAUAACAAUGAUGAUAAUAACGAUGACGGAAAAUGGUGGAUACCCAUCAAUUAUAUAAGCAGAAGCGAAGCAAAUUAUUCUUCAACUUUACCAAUGCAUUGGUUGAAGCCACAAGACGAGAAUUUGACGAUCGAUAACGUUAAUGCGAACGAUUGGUUCGUUCUUAAUGUGCAACAAACUGGUUAUUAUCGAGUCAAUUACGACGAGGAUAAUUGGAAAAAAAUCGCUGAAUAUUUGGAUUCGGAAAAUUAUUUAAAGAUUCAUCCUUUGAAUCGCGCACAGAUUAUCGAUGACUCAUGUUAUAUGGUUCGAACGAAACGUUUGAAACCAAUCAUUUUCUUGGAAAUUAUAAAAUAUUUGUCGCGUGAAACGGAUUAUAUACCAUGGUAUUCGGCAUUUAGAGCUUUUCGAACGUUUCAAGAUUAUUUCACAUUUCCGGACAGUGCUGUCUUCCUGAAGCCUUACGCUCUAAAAUUGAUCGAUGGUCUUUUACAAAAUGUGGGUUACGACGAACAUCCGGACGAUGAUCACUUAACGAAAUUGAAAAGAGUCGAAGUUCUUGAAUUGGCUAGCGAUCUUGGACAUUUGGAAUGUAGGAAGGUUGCAAAUGCCAAAUUGAUCGCAUAUAUAGAGGAUCCUGAUUCAAAUCCUAUACCUUCUAAUUUAAAUACAUGGGUAUUUACUACUGGAAUGAGAGAAGCUGACGAAGUACUAUUUAAUAAAUUUCUCAAGAGGUAUACGAGUAAUCCAAGCUUUCAAACGUUACGCUACUUAAGUGGUAUCGAAGAUCCCGUGUUAGUUGAGAAAUUACUAAAAUUAACGUUAACCAAUGACUCACCGAUUUUGAAGGAUGAUCGAGUAGAGGUUUACCGUUCUCUCAUGUACACCAGUAUUAACAACGUAAACAUUACUAUAGAUUUUAUUGCAGAUAAUUGGGAAAAAAUAAGUGCGAGAAUCGAAGAUGCAGAUGAGAUACUUGAUGAUGUCGUGGGUGAAAUUACUUCCUGGGAUCAAUUUCAUAAGGUAAAAUUGUUUAUAAAAGCGAACGAACUGAAUGGAAAGCGAAGUAUAGAUGAUGUGGAAAUGGUUUUGAAAAAAGCAGAGAAACAUGUAUCUGAAAUUUUUAGGUGGAUGAAAAUGCAAAAUUCGUUACAAAAUAUCGAUGAAAAAUUAGAAAAUUUGCAUUUUACGGAUGUGCAAAAUAAAUGAAAUUAUAAAAAUUUCAAUUAUAUUACACAGUUUAUAUUAUAAGUAAAACUUUCCUACUUUGUCGUUAUCUUUAAUUUUUUAAACGAUAAACGUUUUUCAUUGUUAUUAACUAGAUACACAGAGGAUGUGAAAAAAUGUUGAAAGUAUCUGAAAUGCCUCGGUAACGAAAGGAGAUAACAUUUAACAGAAGGGAAUUUUCGAUAAGAUAUAAUGCAAAACUUAAAAUAUAAAAAUACAAAACAUAUUGUUUCUAAAAAAAAUCGCAUAAUUGUAUCUGAUUUAUAUGUUAAAUGCGUGACAGCAUAAAUCAGAUUAUUUACAAAAAUAUUGUAUAAUGUCGAUGAAAUUUAUGACAUGCAAAUUGUUGCGUCGUGAUUUUUGCGAAUGAUAAUUAAUCGAUCGAUUAAUAUUUUUUCUUUAAAAGGACAAUGCACAAUUUUAUACGGAACAAAAUUUUGCACAAAAAUUAUACGCAAGAUUUGUAACAAUGAAUUAUCUCAAGAGAUAUUUUGUGCAAAGUAUUUAUUAACACAAAAGAAUCAUUUUAGAUUAUCUCGCAAAUAUAAGAAAUCGUUCAAUAGAAACGGAAGUUAGAUGCCUUGGAAAAGUCGAUCAUAUUUGAUAGCUGAACGUCCUAGAUAGAUUGGAAGAAAUUUUAUUUGAUUUACCUGAGAAAAAAUUGAAUUUGUUAUACGAACAAAUGUUUGUGGUCAUUCUUCGCUCUAAAUAAAGAAUAAUAAAAAAAUGUA